UAGAGGCGCGUACAGCAGCUGCAGGACGCGCAGCUCUGAGUUUAUUGAUUUAUUAAUUAAUCGAUUAAUUGAUUGUUGAUUGGAAGGACCGUGAUGCAGUGCGGCUGGCCUCUCUUAGGUCCGCUGCAGUGGAUCCGUUACGUCACCAAACAGGUGAAAGUGAAGGCGGGAAAAGAUGAAGAGCUCCGAGGAUGGCUGCUGACGGUUGACCCGGUAACAGCCAGUCUGGUUCUGGUGGACUUCGGAGAUGUGGGCGGUUCCUCGGUCCGGGUGGUGAUGGGUCACGCGGUGCAGCAGGUGGAGGUUCUACAGGAUGCCGAUGAAGAGAUGGCGCUGCGGCUGCAGGCGGUCUUCACCCCCCCUCAGACCCGAAGCCUGGACCUGGACCCGGAGCAGCUCUGGCGGCGGCGGGACCGGGUCCGGGUCUGGCUGGAGAAGAACCGGGUCCCGGUGCAGGAGGACGGAGACCAGCUGACUGUAGCCGGAGCGCUGAUCCUCUCCGCUCCGUACGGACCGGACGACUGCUGCAGCGCCAACCAGAUCAUCCUGGACCGGGUCCAGAGGCUGCUGCGGACCGAUCCGCAUCACCUGGACCCACCUGAGGACCAGGACCGGGACCAGGACCGGGACCAGGACCCAGACCGGGACCAGGACCAGGACUGAUAAACCCUCCUGCUUGGAGGACCAAUCAGAGCGCAGCAGCAGCUGAUCUGGAACCUGUUACAUUCACUGACAGUUGAAGCUCCGCCCCUGUCCUGCUGAUGUCAUCAGUGUGAUGUCAUCAGUGUGAUGUCUUCAGUGUGAUGUCAUAACUGAUAACAAAUCAAUAUAUUGAUCCUUUAAUAUGAAUUUGUUUGUUUUCUUUGAAUAAAACAUU